AAUUUAUGAAGAGUUUAAAACAUAUUUUUCUCUCCAUCUCUUUUUUUAUCAUAAUUACACGCUUCUUAGAAAUUAUGUAGUAAAAAAUAUGGUAAUAAAUUUCCGUACAGACAAAUUUAUUGUCAAGAAAGUUUAAAGGAGGGGAUCUCUCUUAUAAGUUCGUGACAAUUAUAUUCAUAGAGAUCUACUUUCAGUUCUGUAGUACAGAUCAAGAAAAAUGUCUGCUAAAGAGGGGAAGUUAAGAUUAGAUGAAGAUGAUCACAAUGUUAGGAGUUUUAACAAUAAAUCGAGGUCAACAAACCAGAAGAAUGUGUCAAAAACCAUUGUAAAACAAUACACGCUGUUAUUCCUGGGAUUUGUGUUAUCAGGCCAUGUGGCGAAUGCGAACGGUUCAACCCUUCCUCAAGUUGAAAAAACAACAACCCUCGAUUCUCAGAAACCUCUUUACGCUGUCAUUAUUGAUGCCGGAUCGACUGGAUCUCGAGUAUUCGCAUUUCGUUUCCGCACUUCGACUGAGAAUGGCAGUCCAGUCUUGGAAAGCGAAUUGUUCCAUCAGGAGAAGCCGGGUUUGAGUUCAUACGCCGACAAUCCUAUCGAGGCGACGAAAUCUCUAGGAAUACUUGUUGAAAAGGCAAAAUCCGCUAUUCCUUCCUCCGAAUGGGGCGACACUCCACUUCUUCUGAAAGCCACAGCCGGCCUUCGACUUCUUCCUGCUGACAAGGCGAAUCGAAUUCUGGAGGUGACGAGAAAUUUUCUUAACUCUUCCGGUUUUCAAUUGAACGAAAAUUCGGUGUCAAUAAUGGAAGGUGUUGACGAGGGAAUUUUUUCUUGGGUCACUGUCAAUUUCCUCCUGGAACGAUUUAGUCAACAGGGCACGCAAAAUCUGGUGGCGGUUAUCGAUCUUGGCGGUGGAUCAACAGAAGUUACUUAUCGUCUGAACGAGGAGAAUGUAAAUCACUCUGUUUAUAAUAUCAGUGUGUUUAAUCAAAAUAUGAGUGUUUUUACUCACAGCUAUUUAGGCAUGGGACUCAUGGCUGCGAGAAAGGCAAUUUUGGUAUCGGAAUCGUCAGCAAAAAAUGAAAAUGGAAUUGUCGUGGUGCACUCGAAAUGUUUUGAUCCAGUAGCUAACUUUACGUGGAAUUAUAAUGGUCAAGAUUACAAUAUAUUGGGGUCAGUGGAAAAUUAUUUUGAAGUUAACAGUAAUAGUAUCGAAGAAGAGGACAAUAGUUCGUCUAAUAAAUUUCAAGACUGCAUAAAUGUAGUUGAAAAGUUCACGAAUACUAUAAUCGACAAACCAGUGGGAAUGAAUAAUCAAGUGAUUUAUGCUUUUGACUAUUAUUUUGACAUAAUUUCUGAGAUUGGAUUGAUAGACAAUAAACAAGGUGGAACGAUAACAAUUGGAGACAUUCAUAGAGCCGUCUUAGAAACUUGUAGAAAAGCGAAUUCUGAUCAACCGUUUCUCUGUCUCGAUUCGACUUAUAUUUAUUCAUUGCUGACAAAUAUUUAUGGUCUCAAUUUUAAAACUAAGCUCCACCUCUAUGAAGAAAUCUCUGGUCACCAAUUAAACUGGGCUUUGGGAUUGGCUUUGAAGGCAUUACAAAGAAAACUUUAACAGGCUUUACAGCUCUUCUCCUAUUUUAUAAAAUUACCCUUUUAUCCUUUUUUGUGUUCUCAUUUAUAUUUUAUGUUUAAACUCGAAUGUGGUGUUGAUUUAUAGGACAAAUCACACAAUUUUUUUCUGUCUAUGUAUUUUUUAAGUGUUUAAAUCUUCUAAUUUUUGUUAAAUAUUUUUAUAAUAAAUAUUUUAAAAAUAA